UGCUGCAGUAUCACGUGCAAUCGCGCCGGGUGCAGGAUGGCGGCGGCGGCCGCGGCGGCAGCAGCGCUGGGUGUCAGGCUCCGGGACUGCUGCAGCCGGGGCGCCGUGCUCCUGCUCUUCUUCUCCCUGUCACCUCGGCCCCCAACCGCUGCUGCCUGGCUGCUGGGUCUGCGGCCCGAAGACACAGCUGGAGGCCGUGUAUCCCUGGAGGGGGGCACCCUGCGCGCGGCCGAAGGCACCAGCUUCCUCCUGCGGGUCUACUUCCAGCCUGGGCCGGCGGUCCCCUCCGCGCCUGUGCCUGCACCCUCCCUGGCCCCGGGGGAGAACGGCACAGGCGAUUGGGCCCCGCGGCUCGUGUUCAUCGAGGAACCCCCCGGUGCGAGCGGCGUGGCGCCCAGCGCGGUCCCCACGCGUCCCCCGGGACCACAGCGCUGCCGCGAGCAGAGCGACUGGGCGUCGGAUGUGGAGGUCCUGGGGCCCUUGCGCCCCGGGGGCGUGGCGGGCUCGGCCCUGGUCCAGGUGCGGGUGCGGGAGCUGCGUAAGGGCGAGGCGGAGCGCGGUGGCGCGGGCGGCGGCGGGAAGCUCUUUUCGCUGUGCGCCUGGGACGGGCGCGCUUGGCACCACCACGGCGCCGCCGGCGGCUUCCUGCUGCGCGUCCGCCCGCGGCUCUACGGCCCGGGUGGGGACCUGCUGCCGCCCGCGUGGCUGCGAGCGCUCGGGGCGCUCCUGCUGCUGGCCCUGUCCGCCCUGUUCAGCGGCCUGCGCCUGAGCCUGCUCUCGCUGGACCCGGUGGAGUUACGGGUGCUGCGGAACAGUGGCUCGGCCGCCGAGCAGGAGCAGGCGCGCCGCGUGCAGGCCGUGCGCGGCAGGGGGACCCAUCUGCUCUGCACCCUGCUCCUGGGCCAAGCCGGUGCCAAUGCCGCGCUGGCCGGCUGGCUGUAUGCCUCGCUGCCGCCGGGCGUCGGGGGUACCGGGGAGGACUAUGGCGAGGCGGGGGUUCACUUCCCGUGGCUGCCAGCGCUCGUGUGCACCGGCGCGGUGUUCCUGGGAGCCGAGAUCUGUCCCUACUCGGUGUGUUCACGGCAUGGGUUGGCCAUCGCCUCGCACAGUGUGUGCCUGACCCGGCUCCUCAUGGCUGCUGCUUUUCCGGUGUGCUACCCGCUGGGCCGCCUCUUGGACUGGGCGCUACGCCAGGAGAUCAGCACCUUCUACACUAGGGAGAAACUGCUGGAGACUCUGCGGGCCGCUGACCCUUACAGCGACCUGGUGAAGGAAGAGCUCAACAUUAUCCAGGGCGCCCUGGAGCUGCGCACUAAGGUGGUAGAGGAAGUGCUGACCCCCCUUGGGGACUGCUUCAUGCUGCGCUCCGACGCUGUGCUUGACUUCGCCACAGUAUCCGAGAUCCUCCGCAGUGGCUACACUCGCAUCCCUGUGUAUGAGGGCGACCAGAGGCACAAUAUUGUGGACAUUCUGUUCGUUAAAGACUUGGCCUUUGUGGACCCGGACGACUGUACCCCGCUGCUCACAGUCACCCGCUUCUACAACCGGCCCCUACACUGCGUCUUCAAUGAUACCCGGCUGGACACGGUGCUGGAGGAGUUUAAGAAGGGAAAGUCUCACCUGGCCAUUGUCCAGAGAGUGAACAAUGAAGGCGAAGGGGACCCUUUCUAUGAGGUGAUGGGCAUUGUCACCCUGGAGGACAUCAUAGAAGAGAUCAUCAAGUCAGAGAUCCUGGAUGAAACUGACCUCUAUACUGACAAUCGGAAAAAGCAGAGGGUCCCACACCGGGAGCGGAGGCGGCAUGACUUCUCUCUGUUCAAGCUCUCGGACUCAGAGAUCAGAGUGAAGAUCUCGCCACAGCUAUUGCUCGCCACACACCGCUUCAUGGCCACAGAAGUGGAGCCCUUUAAGUCUCUCUACCUUUCGGAGAAGAUCCUGCUCCGGCUACUGAAGCAUCCCAAUGUGAUCCAGGAGCUGAAGUUUGACGAGAGAAAUAAGAAAGCCCCAGAACAUUACCUCUACCAGCGCAGCCGCCCCGUGGACUAUUUUGUGUUGCUUUUACAGGGUAAAGUGGAAGUGGAGGUUGGCAAGGAAGGCCUUCGCUUUGAGAAUGGAGCCUUUACCUACUACGGUGUUCCUGCCAUCAUGACCUCGGCUUGCUCAGAUAAUGACGUGCGGAAGGUUGGAAGUCUGGCCGGAUCCUCUGUCUUUCUGCCCGUCUCUGUGUCUCGUACCUUCGCCUUCAGCAGAGGGGACUCUCUGGCAGGCUCCCCAGUAAACCGGUCCCCUUCUCGCUGCAGCGGCUUGAAUCGCUCCGAGUCUCCGAACCGAGAGCGCAGUGACUUUGGCGGGAGCAACACACAGCUGUAUAGCAGCAGCAACAACCUCUACACACCUGACUACUCGGUGCACAUCCUCAGCGAUGUGCAGUUUGUGAAGAUCACACGACAGCAGUACCAGAAUGCACUCACAGCCUGCCACAUGGACAGCUCACCCCAGUCCCCAGACAUGGAGGCUUUCACUGAUGGGGACUCCACCAAGGCUCCUACGACCCGGGGCACGCCCCAGACUCCAAAGGAUGACCCAGUCCUCGCUCUCCUGAGCAACAGGACCAGCUUGCCGUGCAGCCGCUCAGAUGGUCUGAGAAGCCCCGGGGAGGUCGUGUACCUGAGGAUGGAGGAGAUGGCCUUCCCCCAGGAAGAAAUGGCCGACUUUGAGGAGAACAAGACACAACAGCUCUCACUGUCCCCUGCAGCUGUUCCCACAACAGCAGAGACCGAAUGCUGUAACAUCCACCUGGAGCCAGAGGCCAGCCCCAGCAGCAGCGACUGUGAGGAAACCAUGGGCAAGAAGCUGCUAAGAACCUUGAGUGGUCGGAAAAGGAAGAGGUCAGCAGAUGGAGAGAAAGCCUCUGAGGAAAACUCCAAUUUAACACCUCUGAUCACCUGAUGAGGGGAAGACCUCACUGGCCGUGUGUGAAAAUCCAAGGCUUUGGGGAAGACCCACCCUCCCAUCACCCGCUUCCCCCGAGGCCUCCCACGGUGACAGAACAUCCUGCCCUCCACCUCACACCCCUCUCGGUCAGUCUGACAAGUUUUCCCAGUUGUCUCCAAUUUGACACAGAAGGAGAUGCCUGUGAUGGAAGAGGCUAGAAGUGGUCUUGUCCAUAGCACAGUCCAGGACCGGCAGGGAGAUGACCCCAAGCUGGCAAUGCCUCUCUGAGGCUCCCAGGAUAUUCUUUGUUCUUUGGUGUCCCUGGACCAUAGGAGACCCAUGUCCUGGAAUUGACCAUUCUUUCUUCCAGAACAAAAUAACCCUUUCUGCCAUAGUUCAUGCUUAGGAUUAACUCUGGAGGUGAUGCGGGGAGAGAGGUAUAUUCGAGCGGAGCAGGUGUGAAGGUCAGUUCCAGGGAUGGACAAGGAUUCUUCUACCAGAACUUCAGAGUAUGGGACUCACUGCCAGUGACUGGAUUCUCUCUGAAGCCUGGGGAAGGGCAACAAAGGCUUGAGCCACCACAUCUCCCCAGGACAUGUCAGCUUGGGCUUCCAAUAACUAAUCUCUCAAUAAGCCAGCUUCAGAAAAGAAGAAUCAGGGAGCACAGAGACCAAGUUGUGAGCCAGACAUGGAACUUCAGGUUUUAAGUGAAAAUCAAAGCAGGAAAAAAAACUUACAUGAAAAAAAAAAAAAAAAAAAAAAAAAAAAAAAAAAAAAAAAAAAAAAAAAAAAAACUUGUAAGUUGUUACAGUGACUUUAGCCAUGAUAAACCAAAGAGUGCCCAGGUCAGCCAGGAAGGAUGCCCCGUGCUGUCACGGGACUUCAGUGUGCUUGACACAAGAAUGUUGAAUGCUCACUUUUAUUUUUCACAUACUUCCCACUUACUAUAUCCCUUGCUGGUCAGCUAAGUAUCCCGAAAACCUACCUGAUCCCAGGGUUCUAGUCCUGGGUGUUGAGGCAGAUGCAAUUCCAGUCAUAACCACAAGAUGGCAGAAUGACCACGCGUAUCUACUGAGACUGUAGGUAUAGGGAAACAGCCAGUCUGAGGAAAAAUGUAAAUCGAGUUUGAAUUUGAAUUUGAGUUUCUGAUUUAUUUCUCACCCUUUGCACACCUCCAGUCAGUACCCAGAGAUGCAGUUCUGCCUGCUGCGUCUCCACACCUUUCCCAAGCCACCUUUUCCUCCCCUCCAUUUGGUCACAGGCAGAUGGACAGUUGCUAAUUCCUCUAUGUUAUUUGUGUCUCAAAGGAAAAUGCUCGCCCACAGGAACUUUAUUUAACUCAGGGUUGUUAACCUGGGGCCACUACCCCAGGGGAGUCUGUAGUUUGACUUUAGAGGGCCUAUGACGCCCUUGAAACCGUCAGAACUUAGUGUGUUUGUGUGUUCCAGAGACUUGAAGCUUUCCUACCAGUCUCAAAGUUCCCAGACCCACAAAGGCUUUUAGUAGUUUUAAACAGGGGAACUUUCAGCCCAGUGUUUCUGCAAUGCAGAGUGAAUAUUGGACACUUUGAGAAUGGUGUUUAAUUAUAAGUGGUCAGGCAUUCUUGUCAAUGGGGGAAGGUUGGUACUCACCAAGACAGGGUCCUCAGAAAUCCUUGGCACACCUCACAGUAUGGUACAGCCUACAUCCCAAAUAAAACACUUGCCCACUGUCUACCAAACCACAGCUGAUAUUGCCAAGAGGGCCACAGCCCCUGGGAGGGAAGAUUGGAGCCAGCGAUGUCUCUUCUGUGUGUGUCACUGACUUCACACGCCACUCGCUUAGCCUGGCUGGCCUGAAGCUCAGCCAUGCAUGUGUUCUAGCUAACUCCACAGCCACCACCCCUGCCUGCUCCUCCCUGGUCAGUAACUCCACAGCCACCACCCCUACCUGCUCCUCCCUGGUCAGAACAGAUCAUGCCGGCACUAAGUGCUGGGGGUCUCGGACCUAGGCCAAUAAGUGAAGAGUUUUGAACAAGAAUUUGCAAGGGAGCCUGCUGGACAAAAGCCGCUCCCUCUCUAUCCAUUAGGCCCUGACGCCCGGCCACUGCUAUUGCAAUACCCCUCCCCCCACUGCAGAACCUCUAAGGAGCUGUCACCACCCCUUUCCCUAUCUCCCACACCCCCAGAUUUUCUUCAGGUUAAGAUAAAUUUUAAAAAAAAAAGAUUUUAAAAUAAAGUAUUUAUGAAGGCUCAAUAAAUUGUAAAUAAUUUUUAAAUAAAAUGAAAAUGUGUUUCCUGGA